AUGCUGACGUCCAUCGCAGUUCUAGGCAGUGCCUUAAUGCUGCAGAGUCUCUCCGUCGACGCCCACCAAGUCGUGCACGUCCCGACGCCAACGUGGACGCGAGCGAACUCGACGUCGGCUGAGUGCCAGGAACUGUGGAAGCCCUUGGCGUUCCUCGAAGGUCAGGGCUUCACGACUCAAGCAAACUUCACGCAGUUCAUGGUUGACAACGGCUACAAGAGUCUGCGCGACUUCAUGGACAACGGCAACUACUCGGUCACGAAAGGAGCCGACCAGGCCUGUGGGUGGACCGACCCGAAUGGGAUCCCCCAACAGAUUCCUGAGGACGGCACCAUGCGCACUUCGGGUUUCACACACGAUGAUCCCUGUGAGAUCUACAUGGGUGACAAGCUGUCGCUGUCGUACCCGAACUGCCACGAAUCCAUCACGAGCCAGCCGUUCAAGCUGGACUACAGCGCGUGCGGAGACAGCUGCGUGUUGUACUGGUACUGGCUGGGCGUGCGCUUCAUCAAGGGCAUCUCGUAG